UCUGGAAUAAGUCAGCUUUACAUUGAUCUGUAUUAUGAUUUUCUAUUUUAAUUCAUCACAUUAUCACUCAUCAACCACGCGUCCCCGUCCCAUCUUCCUGUCUCUCUCCUUCUUCUGAUCUUUUCUACCGCCGGUGGUGUCUUGUGUGGUCGGAGCCAGUCCUGAUUCUUCAUCGUCGACAUGGAAGAUCUCAAGCCAACCAUUGCAAGCUCUGCUCCUCUCACUCCGUUAGGCUUCCUCGAUAGAGCUGCCACCGUCUACGGUGAUUGCACUUCUAUCAUCUAUAACCGCACCACCUUCACUUGGUCCCAAACCCACCGUCGCUGUCUCCAACUAGCUUCCUCUCUUUCCUCCAUCGGAAUCCGUGGCGGCGAUGUCGUGUCCGUUGUCGCCCCCAACAUCCCCGCCAUGUACGAGCUACACUUCGCAGUUCCCUUUGCCGGCGCCGUCCUCAACAACAUCAACACCCGCCUUGACGCUCGAACCAUCUCCGUCAUCCUCCGCCAUGGUGAAUCUAAGCUCGUGUUCGUCGACUGCGUCUCAAGGGCUCUGGUCCUGGAUGCCAUCUCCUUGCUGCCACCAGAGACUCAACGGCCUAUCCUUAUACUCAUAACCGACGAUUCUGUGGAACCCACUUCAUCAGAGGGAUUCUUCGAUACGUACGAGGGGUUGGUUGCGAAGGGUGAUCCGAAUUUCCAGUGGAUCCGACCCAAAAGCGAGUGGGAUCCGAUGAUUUUGAAUUAUACGUCCGGUACGACGUCGUCUCCCAAGGGGGUGGUUCAUUGCCACCGAGGCACAUUCGUUAUUGCCGUGGAUUCUUUGAUUGACUGGGCAGUCCCCGAACGACCGGUCUACUUAUGGACGCUGAAUAUGUUCCAUGUUAACGGAUGGAGCUUCCCGUGGGGGAUGGCAGCAGUCGGAGGAAUCAAUAUCUGCAUCCGUAAAUUCGACGCCGCCACCGUGUUCACUCUGAUCGAACGCCAUGGUGUCACACACAUGUGUGGUGCUCCGGUGGUGCUCAACAUGUUAACAAGCUCCUCAACAAGAAGGCCUCUAAGUAGUCCCGUUCAUGUCCUCACAGCCGGAGCACCGCCUCCAGCGGCGGUGCUGAAACGAACGGAAGCGUUAGGAUUUGUGGUUAGUCACGGGUACGGGUUGACCGAAACAGGAGGUGUGGUGGUUACGUGUGCGUGGAAGCCUGGGUGGAACUUGUUGCCGGCGACGGAGAGGGCACGGAUGAAGGCGAGGCAAGGGGUGAGAACAAUCGGCCUGGAUGAGAUGGACGUGCUGGAUCCGGAUUCGGGUAAAAGUGCUAAACGAGACGGGUCAACGCUCGGGGAAGUGGUUCUUCGAGGCGGAUGCGUCAUGUUGGGCUACUUGAGAGACCCAGAAGCGAACUUCAAGUGCUUCAAGAAUGGGUGGUUCUACACAGGGGACGUGGGAGUGAUGCAUCCAGAUGGGUACUUAGAGAUUAAAGAUCGAUCCAAGGAUGUCAUCAUCAGUGGGGGUGAGAAUCUGAGCAGCGUGGAAGUUGAAUCGGUUCUGUACAGUAACCCGGCGGUGAACGAGGCAGCGGUGGUGGCGAGGCCGGACGAGUUCUGGGGAGAGACGCCGUGUGCGUUCGUGAGCUUGAGGGAGGGAUUGGAGAAGAAGCCGACGGAGAAGGAGAUAAUGGAGUAUUGCAGAGCAAGGAUGCCGCACUUCAUGGUUCCGAAGACGGUUGUGUUCAAGGAGGAGCUUCCCAAGACGUCGACCGGCAAGAUUCAGAAGUAUGUGCUGAGAAAGGAAGCCAAAGACAUGGGAUCGUUGAAACGCAGCAGACUGUGACGAAGAAGACGGUGAGAUUAAAACGGGAAUGAAGGAACGUAAAAAAUAUAUAUAAACGACGUGUAUUGAAUGACUUACUCGUGAAGAUAUGGGUAAAAAAUCAAUUAACAUCUUGGAUUGAAUAAGAUUGAUUGAUUGUUUUAAAUAUACCGAGAAACUAGUAUGGCGAUCUUAUAUUCUUAUAUUACAGUCAGUAAAGUUUUAUUCGUGUUGUUCAGAUUUAUAGAUCUUGUAAUCUCGCAGGCUAAAUGCAACAAUAAAGUGUAUCAAAUUAUUAAUUAUAAAAUUAUUCAAUCAUUAAAAUAUGUGACAUUAUUCAAUUA